AUGCGCAAUCUGGGUUACUGCGCUAUUGGAACAAAUAAAUCAGAUCCGAAAAAAGCUGUUUUAGAGGUUCAAUUGAAAGAAUCAAUUCAUAGUCCGCCAUUUGAUGUCCUCGUAGUUAAAGUGUUGAGUCUUCAAGUACCAGAAAAACAACCAAUGCACUUUUCUAUACAAGUCGUAUUUUAUGACCAGCUAAUCGUUGAUGAAGUAAUAACCUCUUUAUGGGCCAAAGAAUCACCUAAAGGAGAGGUUAUAGUGCAAGUAACCAUACGACCUAUAACAAAGGAAGAAACAAAUGUAUCAUCCGUUUUCCAUUCUAAAUCAAAUAUAAGUCAACAUAAGAUAUUAGAUACAGAAUUCCUCAAGAACACGACAAAUAUGAGUAGCUGCAAUGUGGAUAUUUUACCGAUGUUCCUCGAUACAGAUGAAAUGAACGUAAAAGUACGCAUGCGUCCAGUAACACAAACAUCAGUUUUAAACGCGAUUAGUUUCGACAAUCUUCCACUUCUCACAAUGAAACUGUCGGUACAUCGAGAUACAUCAAACGCUAAGCAUCAUGAUAUAAUUAGGGAAGCGAAUUAUUUAAAAAUUACACUAGUUGGAAGUUACAACUUACCAAUUCCGUACAACAAAGAUUGUGUGUACACCGCUGCGACAAAAGCUACAUUAACCAAUGAAACGAAUAAUAAUAUCAUUAAGUUCAACGAGGGUUACAGAAAUCCAAAGGGAUUUUCCUACGCCAACUUUUACGCAAAGUGGGAAAGAGUAAAGCAUUAUGAAAAUAUCUAUACUGAAAGCUCCGAGAAAUUUAACUGCAAGCUGGAAAAUUUUCAAAACGAUGCAAAUAUUAAAUUAGAAAAAUAUUUGGCUGAAUCUUCCAGAUAUAAAAAUACAAUAAUAUGGGCUUCGUUCCACCGUACGCUGUUUUUUAAAGAAACUGAGCUAUGGAUGUGCGACUUCCUCCGUCAAUACCACUGGCCUUUUGAGCUUCGUAUCUCUGGUAGCACUGACUACUGUUUCAUGGCGUUUUUGGAUUUAUUUAAAUUGCUGUACCCGGGAGAGGACACAGUUCGCCUUGCUGUGCCAUUACAAUGGUUCGACGAAGUGAACAUGAAAGAGAAAUGUGAUUGUGAUCCAUUGCUCGCUUUAAACGAAUCGCCAUCUACAACUAGCUCUUUUCGGAAAUCAAGCAAGAUAAUGACCGAUUCGGUUCGGACUAGCAAAACUGACGCAAGAUCUCAAAUGCCUACAGGCAGUGAUGACAGUUGCGCCUUUGUUAUUAUAGAAAUGGCUUUGCGACGUCCGUUUAAGAAACCGGUGUCACCUCCGCAUAUAUCUCAACUAGAAAUUAAAGAAAUGCUAAAGGAGAUGGAAGCUCAACCUUGCCAACGAGAAUGCACAGGACGUGGACAAAAGAUCAAAGACUGGCAAAGCACAGUAAAAAUGGCUGCAAACGCUUUGCGCAGGAUCCCAUAUUAUGGUGAUGACUAUUUUUCUAGAUUAAUAAACAUAUUUCUCGAACAGAUUACACAAGGUUCUGCAGCUUUUUGCACAUUCGAUCGCCAACUUAGUUCGACGCGCACUCGUGUUGAAAUCCUUACAUCGUUUUUGGAGGAGGCUGCAAUCUACGUCAACAACAAUUUUGUCACAGAAGACUUCUUACAAUCUGAAAAAACGUUUGAGGAACUUCUAAUGAUGGCUCAUGCUUGUCUCGUGCGUAUUGCAUCUGACACACUCCUUGGUGUCGACGAUUGGCCAAAAAUGGACCCAGUAAUUCGGGCUGCGAGGCAUGCUCGUCAUUUUCAAGAUACGCAACAUGCUCUGGAACUAUAUUUUCAG